AUGGUUGCAACAGAACAGGAAAACAAGCGUUUGCAAAAACAGAUCGGUGAACUGACUGACAAUGUGGGCUCACGUUUGGAGUCGGAGACCGCCAAACUCCGAGAGGAGUCAGACAGAAUUUUGAUGGACAAAGAACACGAACUCAUCCUGCUAAAAGCAGAAGCUGCAGAUAAGUUAAGCGCAAUGGAGGAUAAGUGCACAUCCCUGACCAAAGCUCUGGAGCUUGCUCAAUCUGAAGUUUUCAAAUUAAAAUCGCAACAGGACAAAACGGAAGUGGGCAGCUUCUAUUUUGAACAAAGCUUAUCCUACUUCACCAAUAGUAUCCUUGUCGGGCGAGAUUGGAUUUUGCAACUGCUUCAAUCUGUGCUGAAACAUCCGGAAUACGAAGAGACAAGAGAACAAUAUUGUUGUUGCGUAGCUGACGGACAAAGUACUGCGGAACUGAAAAUAGGAGGCAUGAAAAUCAACAUAUCUGGUGGCAAGAUGAUUAUUAUCACUUCAGACAACUGUCUAUUCCCAUGCUACAAAGAGCUAAAGACAACCGGCGAGGUGAAUAAAAUCAAAGAUCUCGAAGAAGCAAUGGCUACUACUGGCUCUGGAGUUCCGUCUUCCUUGUCCACAGAAGUCGAUGAACGCAUUCGUCAAUUACAGUCUCGUUUGGAAGAAUUGGAAUCGGAUUUGAUCGAUAAAGAUAAUGAGAACAAUGUGCUCACUUCGACCGUGCACAAACUGCGCACAGAACACGAACAACAAUGCAUUGUGACCGAGCAGAGAAUCCGUGAACUGGAAGAGUCACUCGAGGUUGUUCGGGUACAAUUGUCGGGAUCACUGAAACAGCUUGACGAACAAUCAGACUAUUCGGAUAUUGCUCGAGAGUUGGCAUUGUUGCGAUCGAUCGAAUUUCCCGAGGAGUAUGACCAGUCGGGACGGGAAUUGAACAGAUCCUCAUCCAUCCAGUCGGAUGAGAGCGACGAGUUGGAUCAGUUACGUCAAUAUGAGACCGAAUCGCGCCAACAAGCACAGGAACAGAGCGAACUGAUUCGUCUGCUUGAAUCCGAUCUGUAUCGACUUCAAAAAGCCCUUAACGAACCUGGUCGCAUGGCCCAAGUAGCACCGGUAUCGGCCAGUCCCGGUCAACAUACACCGCGGUCGUCUGUUGCGGUCACUCCUGCGGUUUACGAACAUGAUAAUCUGCGGGAAAGUCAGAUGCUGGCGGAAGCUAUCGGCGAAGAACGGGAUGAUCUCGAAUGCAGUCAAACAGAACAAAUCGACUCCAUUAACCCCAAGCCAAUUGAAUCUGGUUAG